GUACUCUUGAGGAUAACGGUACAGAAUUCGCCACCACUGGGACCACCUCCACCACCACUGAAAUAACUACUGAUGCUACUGCCAAAACUGCUGCCUCCACCACCACUAAAACAACCACCUAG